CCUCCCUCCCAAACCGCUGGUAUUUCCUGCCCCCUAUCCCCUACCCCUUGCAGUCAGUAUCGGGGUGUGAAGGGGGUGCGAGAGAAGGGCGCAGGGAGGGGUCUCCGCUUCCCUCCCGAUGACUCCCCCAUCUCUCUUCUCUCCCGCCAUCCCCCCAGCGCAUUUCCUGUACCAGCCGACCGCCGGGGGUUACUUCCAGUCCAACGGGAGCGAGGCCGGAUCGGGGCCACCUUCUCCUCCUCCUCCGCGGGUGCGCUUCCUCGACCGCUACUUCUACGACCGGCAGGAGAUCGUCCGCUUCGACAGCGACCGCGGGGAAUACGAGGCCCUCACGACCCUCGGGGAGGACCAAGCCCGUUACUGGAACAGCCGGAGGGAGAUCCUGGAGGACGCGCGGACGAUGGUGGAUGCCUUCUGCCGCCACAACUACGGUCUUGCGGAGAGCUUCGCCUCGGGGAGGAAGAGUAAGCGGGUGCCCGGCGGCGGGAGGGCAAGUGGGGCAGGAGGGAGCGUGAAUGGGGCAGGGAGGGGGGGCGCCCCUCGUCCCCAGAGCUGUGGGGCUCGCGGGCAGCCCCCUCCGGACAAGGGAAGGGAAGGAAGAUAAAGGAGCUCCUUUCUUACCACUGUGGACCGAACAGAAGUGAUCUACUCACUUCUUAUUUCUCUGUUCAUGUAUUUAUUCAAUAUGAAUUCCACCCAUUGAGCAAAAUGUGACUGUGGCCAGUGAACAACGAAUUAAAUUAUAGUACAAUAAAUGGAA